ACGGUACAGCAGAACUCAGGAAUCAAGAUGAAACUUUGGUUGUCUCUCCUGCUGGUGCUGGCCGUGGUCAGUGUUCUGGAAGCUCGGCGUGGGGGUAGGGGACGAGAAUGGCGAAGACAGAAGUUCGCCGCACUACAGUCUGGAAGGCACGGAGAUCCUAUAAUGGCGACUGAUGAUGACAUCAAGGACGAUGACGACGAAUCGGUAUAUAAAAACGAUUGGAUGUCAAAGAAACAGAGAAAAUGGAAUAGGAAGCGCCAAAGGAAAAUGAAGUGGAUGAAGAAACGUCGUGGUAUGAUGACAACGGAUGAUUCAGACGAAGAUAAGACAGACGAGGUACAGAACAGUUACGAGGAUAAUCAUUCAAUGACCCACAGGCGACGAUGGAACGCCAGCAAAGGAAACAGAGGACAGAAACGUCAGAAAUGGAGAAAAAUAAAGAAAAUGAAGAAGUGGAUGCAUAAGAGACCUUCCUGUUUCUGUCUGCAGACCGAGCAACUAGAGAAGCUCCGGGAGCUGAUCAAGAAGGAAGGCCUAGAAUCGACCUUCACGAUGAUCAUGCCACCAGAGGAAGAUAUCCCCGAUGUCGAUACAUCUGAUGUGUCUGACGAUAAAGACGACGACUUAACUGAGGAUGUUGACGAUGAUGAUUUCGAUGAUAGCGACGAAGAUUUCACAGAUGAAGUAACAGAAUCUAUUUAUGAAGAACUUCCCGAAGUGACAACAGAAUCGCUUGUAAUUUUAGAGUAAACCCUGUAUUUUCUUUUAAAUCUGUGUAAAGUAAGUUUGUUCAUGUUAUUAAAAAAAAUUAAAACUGAUAAGAAUAUCUUAUAA